UAUAUAUGUGUGUGUGAAGAGAAGUACUAAUUCGAACAACAAAAAUGGAAGGAAGAAAUCUUCUCCGCUACACUUUUCUUCUCUUCUUCACACUCUUACUCUUACUCUUCACUCUCUCCAACCUCCCAUCUCUGCCUUCCAACAAGGCGGCGCUGCUAGACUGCGCCGCCUACUCCCCCUGGUGCACCUCCAAGAACCGUAUCCAGUCAAAAAAACCCGACUCUCUCCACAACCCCACGCGCCGCCGCCGCCACUCCGCCGACGUGCCCCGCCACCCACUCGACCCCCUCACCGUAACAGAGCUGAACAAGGUCCAAUCGAUCAUCAAGAAGUAUGAUUUGUUCAAGAACACGGCCUACGCGCUCCACUCCGUAGUUCUGGAAGAGCCGGAGAAGAAGGUGGUGCUCGGCUGGAAGAAGGGCGACGCGCUGCCGCCGAGGAAGGCCGCCGUCGUGGCGCGUGCGGGCGGGGCGUCGCACGUGCUGACCGUCGACUUGGGCUCCGGUGAGGUGACGCGCCACGAGGAGAGUCGGACCUCGGGUUACCCGACCAUGACGCUGGAGGAGAUGACAUCUGUCACGUGGGCCCCGCUUGCGAGCGCUGAUUUCAAUCGGACGGUGGUGGACCGCGGCGUUGAUCUGGCGGACCUUGCUUGCUUGCCCAUUUCAACCGGAUGGUUCGGCAAGAGUGAGGAGAAGAGAAGGUUGAUCAAAGUGCAAUGCUACUCCACGAAAGACACCGCGAACUUCUACAUGAGGCCGAUCGAAGGGCUGACAGUGCUCGUCGAUUUGGACACGAAACAAGUGGUGGAGAUCACCGAUCAAGGCAAGAACAUACCGAUACCGAACGCUGCCAACACGGACUACCGCUUCUCCGCCCAAAACUCCUACCAAAGGCUAAUCAACCCCAUCUCAAUCGAGCAACCAAAGGGACCAAGUUUCACAAUAGAGGACGACCAUUUGGUCAAGUGGGCGAAUUGGGAAUUUCACCUCAAACCCGACCCGCGGGCAGGGGUGGUCGUCUCCCAGGUCAGGGCCGUGGAUCCGGGUACGGGCGAGAUGAGGGAUGUGAUGUAUAAAGGGCUGACUUCCGAGCUGUUUGUGCCGUAUAUGGACCCUACGGAUGCAUGGUAUUUUAAGACGUACAUGGAUGCGGGCGAAUACGGGUUCGGGCUGCAGGCUAUGCCGCUUGACCCGCUUAACGAUUGCCCGAGGAAUGCCUAUUAUAUGGACGGAGUUUUUGCGGCCGGUGAUGGAACACCGUACGUUAGAUCCGACAUGGUUUGUGUUUUCGAGAGUUACGGUGGUGAUAUUGGGUGGCGGCACUCCGAGAGUCCGAUCACCGGAAUGGAGAUUCGAGAGGUUCGGCCGAAAGUGACACUUGUGGUGAGGAUGGCAGCAUCUGUAGCCAACUAUGAUUACAUUGUUGAUUGGGAGUUCCAAACUGAUGGCCUUAUCAGAAUCAAGGUUGGCCUAAGUGGAAUAUUGAUGGUGAAAGGCACUCCCUACUCCAACAUGGACCAAAUCAACACUCAAGAAACCCUAUACGGAACCCUUUUGUCCGAAAACGUGAUCGGCGUGAUCCACGACCACUACAUCACGUUCUACCUCGACAUGGAAAUCGACGGCUCCGAUAACUCCUUCGUCAAAGUGAAUCUCGAGAGGGAAUAUACCUCGCCCGGGGAAUCUCCUCGAAUGAGCUACUUGAAAGCCGUGAGAGAAGUGGCCAAGACCGAAAAAGAUGCGCAAAUUAAGCUCAAGCUCUACGAUCCGUCGGAAUUCCACGUCAUCAAUCCCGCCAAGAAGACCAGGGUCGGAAACCCCGUCGGUUACAAGGUGGUCCCCGGCGGCACCGCCGCUAGUUUAAUUGACGUGAAUGACCCACCGCAGAAACGGGGCGCUUUUACGAAUAAUCAAAUUUGGGUCACUCCUUAUAAUGACACGGAGCAAUGGGCCGGUGGAUUGUUCGUUUAUCAGAGUCACGGUGAAGAUACAUUGCAAGAGUGGUCUAACAGGGAUAGAGAGAUCGAGAACAAGGAUAUCGUUGUGUGGUACACGUUGGGAUUCCAUCACAUUCCAUGUCAAGAGGACUUCCCGAUUAUGCCGACUGUGUCAUCGAGCUUCGAUCUUAAGCCGGUGAAUUUCUUCGAGAGGAAUCCCAUUCUUAAGAUUCCUCCGAAUUUCGAGAACGAUCUUCCGAUUUGCAAAGCUGAUUCUGCUGCAGCUUGAAAAAUAUAUAUAUCUUGCUACUAGUUAUGUAUUUUCUUCUUCUUCUUCAUUUGUGCAUAUAUUGCAGAUGUUAAUGAACUCAAACUCACAUUAUUGUAUAUAUGUAUUAUUCCAUCUGGAUUUAGAAAUAAAAGAACUCCCAAGUUGACUACUA